CCGGCGCCCAGUCGCCCUGGGGGCGGGCAGCGGGAGGCGGCGGGGGGGCCGCGGGGCAGCCCUGGAGCCCGAAGGCGCGGAGAAGGAGCCCUCCGGGGCGGAGGAGGCCCUGGCCAUGAGCCCCUCCGACCACCCCGGACAGCCCUUGGCAGCAGCUGAGCGGGAUCCUGCCCAGGCCCAUCAGGAGGAGGAAGAGGAGCCGCCCAUCCCGGAAGAUGCCGACUGCAACCCUGGGCAGCUGCCACCCGCGCCUGCCGAGGAGGCCGGUCACCCCAAGAGCUACUGCCAGGCCUGGCUCCUGGCCCCGCUGGAGGACGCCAGGUUCCUCAUCUGCUGCACCAACUGGUAUUAGCUGCUCUUGGGCCGCCGGCCAGCGCAGGGGACUUGCCCGAAAGGCCCAGCAUCCACCUUCAGGCUCCCAGAUGUGCAGCUCUUAUUAAAAGACGGGGAGCAUGGCUGGCUUUACUCACCACAGGCCACGUUGGUACUGUUUGCUUGGUUAACUUCAUCGUCAUUUCCCAGGUCAAUUCCCAGCCACGCUCUGACGGUGUUGGUACUGUAUCCACGCUGGGGUUGUGGGUUUUUUGAGAUGUAAGGGGCUGUGAUCAUCGUGAAAGCUUCCUGAAAUCACCAGGUGGAGGGUUUGUUUUUUCUCUGUUGCGUUAAUUCUGACUAUAUUCACACUGUGCACUUGAGCCAGGUUAGUUUAGCUGAGUAAGAGAAAACCCAACUUCCUGGAUUCACAGAUCACACUAUGUGGGCUGGGUUUGCACAAAACAAACAAAAAUGCUUCCCUUCACUUCAGGUGUCUUGUGAAUACAGCUGUGGGUUAGGCUAAGAAAUGUGAGAAAGCGAUAGGGCAAAUAUUUAAGGCGCAUCUCCAUCAUUGGAGACUUACCCGAAGACCUUUUGCCCUGCCAAAGGAGCGAUGGGGAAUAACACAAGAAGAUUCUCAUUUUUCCGUAUAUGAGAAUAAUAUGCUCUAUAAAAUAUGCUCUUAAGCUUUAUUCAAGAAUCUGAGCCUUGCAUAAAAAUACUUUUCUCCCUGCAUAUUUAUAAGUCUGAGUGGACAAUGAUUUUAUUAUCACUGUUGUAAGAUUAACUCAGCAAUGAUGGUGUCAUAAAAUAUUAAAAGUGAUUAAUGAG